CUGGAGGAGGUUAAUUUGGUCAUUUUAGAAAUUUCUAACACUCGCUCAAUUUGACCCACAAAUCACAUAUACCCUAAAUUGCGUAAUCGUCUUCCUCCUUUAGCUUCUUCUCCUUCAGCAUAACACACAAAACCACAUUUUUCUGUCUGCUGUUGUUUCAUUGGUUGUCAACCUUCGAAAAAUUAGGGUUUAAGGUUUUCAAUUUUGAGGAGAGAGAAUGGGGAAAGAGAUUCAAAAGCAGGCACAAUCUGGGCAACAACAGCUAACAAACUCUUACACUGUUGAGCAACUCGUUGCUCUUAAUCCUUAUAAUCCUGACAUCCUUCCUGAUCUCGAAAAUUACGUCAAUGAGCAGGUUAUGACUGGAUCGUAUAGUCUUGACACCAAUCUUUGUCUUCUUCGGCUCUACCAGUUUGAACCAGAGAGGAUGAGCACCCAGAUUAUUGCCCGCAUUUUGAUCAAGGCACUCAUGGCAAUGCCAGCUCCUGAUUUCAGCCUUUGCCUCUUCUUGAUUCCUGAACGAGUGCAAAUGGAAGAGCAGUUCAAGACAUUGAUUGUUCUCUCUCAUUACUUGGAGACUGCUAGAUUUCGUCAAUUUUGGGAAGAAGCAGCCAAGAAUCGCCACAUUCUUGAAGCAGUUCCUGGUUUUGAGCAAGCAAUCCAGUCCUAUGCAGUUCAUAUUCUCUCACUAACUUGUCAACAGGUGCCCAGGGCUGUGCUUGCUGAGGCUAUUAACACAGAAGGUCUGGCCCUUGACAAGUUCUUGGAGCACCAAGUGGCAGAAUGUGGAUGGCUUCUCGAAAAGAGCUCCGCUAAGGGGCAAACGAUUAUCCUCCCGCGCAAUGAAUUUAACCAUCCAGAGUUGAAAAAAAAUGCUGCGGAUAGCAUACAGCUGGAGCACAUCACUCGUAUCUUCCCUAUCCUUGGUUGAACUCUAAAACAUUAGUUGUUAAGAGGAUUUGAGAAUGGAUGACAAUUUCUUUUACCUGAGAAAGCUCUGAUGAUGGUCGUCUUUUAUUAUUGAAAGUUGCUGAAUGCUUCAUGUACCGAGAAAGUGUCUCAAAUUUUGAAUUUAUCCUACCUUCUUAGUUGUUUCA